CUUCUUUUUUUCCACACAGAGAGUGGGAAAAGGAACAAGGACAAAAUCACGGGGCUGACAAUGGUUCUUCUGGAGUUUGUUGGAUGUGCCCACACACUGUUAACAGGACAGAGAAUCUCUCUUUAAUGUGUUUGGUUGUGUGUGUCUCUCUCUCUGAUGCUACUAGGUUGGGCACUAGAUUGUCAAAGAGAGAAACUCACGGGACUCCAAUCACCAACCCCCCCUCUCUAUAUAUAUACACCUAUAUUAUAUAGGCAUGCCACAACAAAAAUAUCGCAACUAGUCAUCUAGUUCCAUCUUCAAUUGUAGAGCGAGAGAAUGCAGGACUCCAAAUUAUCUGUCUAUCAAAACCCAGAAGCUGAACUGGAUGAGGCCACACGAUUCGACAAGUCUCUUCAAGAACUCAGAAACUUGCGUUCUCAGCUUCACUAUGCUGCGGAUUACUGCGAAGCAACUUUCUUAAAUGCCAAACAGAAGAAAAUUGUUGUGGAGAACACAAAAGAGUACAUAUGCAGGGCUAUGGUCACAGUUGUUGAUCAUCUCGGGAAUGUCUCAGCUAAUCUAGACCACGGGCUUUCUAAGAAUGAUGUCGCCACACAAACAGAGCUUCGAAUGGACUGCUUGAAACAAAGACUCACGACAUGCCAACAAUAUGGUCACAAGCUUGCAAUAACCAAAUUAUGCUGGAGGUCUGAUGUGCCAAGAUAUCACCCACGUUAUAUCUCUCCACCAAUCCCAGGUCAAAAUGAAGUUUCGAGGAAAUAUAAUAGCCCAAUUGCUGCUAAAACUAUAAAAAGGCAUGGAUUUGAAUCACAUGAGGAAGUGCCACUUUUUUUAUGCACAUAUAAUCACAAGUCGUCUCUAGCUAAAGGUUUAACGGCAAAAAUAGGUGCCAAUGAAAAAGAGCCUAGUUCAUCUUCAGUAUUGCCUGUUCGUGAUGGCCUGUGUUUGAAUCCAAAAUCUCAAAUUCCUUUUCAAUUUGAGGGUACCCAUAAGCAUAAACGUCACUUGCUGAAUUGGAAAACAGUGCAGAAUAGUGAUAUCUUAUCACUAAUUCGGAGGAGUAAAAGAACAACAUAAAUAUUAAUUUGAAGUCUCUUUGAGGUUCCAUUUGAUCAUUUCUCUGAGGUUUGGUGAUUGAAAUAGUGCUUUCUCAUCCUGUUUUUUAUUAAAUCAGCUUAGUUGAAGGUCAGUAUGCCUUGUGUAAGUGGAAAGAUUGUCAGCAUUAUGAACAUCGUGUAUAUGCUGAGGCAAGUUUGCGAUAUAAUGUGAAUUAAGUUGUUGCAUUUUAGUAA